AUGUCUGACAUGGGUAACACGGGGGGCGUUCCUGCCCCAGAAGAGAUCAGUAAACGCCUUGCUGCCAUCCAAGAAGAGGAUGAAAAUCCCAAGUCUUGGGAUUAUGUUUAUGACGCUUCCCCAGUUGGAGGAUCAACUUCUGACUCGGGUGCUCGGCCAUCGCCAUCCCCUGAGAUCGCUUCCUCGGUCGAAGUCCUCAGAUCUGAGAGGUCUUCCUUUGCUGAGCCACAGCCUCUCGUCGCAGUCAUCGGCGUCGGCUACGUUGGCGAGCAUCUCACUGAUGUUUUCUCUCGCUGCUACAAUGUCCUCGGAUACGAUGUCUCUGAGACUCGUGUCAAGGAUCUUUCUGCCAAGUACUCUGGCAACAAGAAUGUCCGCAUCACUUCAAAGGCGGAAGAUAUCCGUAACGCUUCGCACUUUCUCAUCUCUGUCCCUACACUUCUCCAAGCGGACAAGACUGUCGACACUUCGUACCUUCAAAGUGCCCUCGCCACUGUGGAGGAGCAGGCAGCCCCAGGCUCGACCGUCGUGAUUGAGAGCUCAGUCGCCGUUGGCAUGACUAGAGAGCUUCUCGGACCCCUAGCCAGAAGGAAGUGCCUCUUUGCUGGAAUGUCGCCAGAACGUGUUGACCCGGGCCGCACUGAGCCGCCAGCCUAUGCUAUCCCCAAGAUCAUCUCUGGCCUCGACGAUGUUACUCCAGACUCGCUGUAUGCCAUCAACAAGCUUUACUCUGCCGCCUUUGAAAAGGUCGUCCCUGUCUCCAAGCCGGAAGUGGCUGAGAUGACCAAGCUCUACGAAAACUGCCAGCGCAUGAUGGGCAUUGCUUUCGCCAACGAGAUGGCCAACGCCUGUAUCCCCAUCGGCAUUGACCCCUAUGAAGUCAGCAAUGCUGCUGCAACCAAGCCGUUUGGCUACAUGCCCUACUCGCCGGGCCUUGGUGUUGGCGGCCACUGCAUUCCCGUCAACCCCUACUACUUGCUGUCCAACAGCGCCUUUCCUCUGCUUCAAGCGGCUUCGGAGAAAAUGUACGCUCGCCCUGCAGAGAUUGGAGAGCGUAUCAUCGACGAGCUUUACUCGAAGCGAGCUGGCGAGGACAUGCCUCGUGUUCUCGUCGUCGGCAUGGGAUUCAAGCGCGGCCAGUCUCACCUUGUCAACUCGCCUGGCCUUGAACUGGUCGAAUCUCUUGCCAAGUGGGAGAAAGUCACCGUUUCUUUCGCUGAUCCGCUCGUCAGCCAACAGGCUUUGCCCAAUCUCACACGCCUGGAUGACGCAAACUGGACUGCCGAGUACUUAGAGGAGAAUUUCGACAUGAUCGUUGUCGCUUUCAAGCAGGAUGGUCUUGACUUUGACGUCCUCAACAAGCUCGCCACCGUGCAAGUCCAAAUGUGGUGCACUUAG